AUGUACAGCCUCAAUGGAUCACACACAAGACGUGACAAAGUUGAAGCACGAUCUCUGUCUCCAAACUCCUCUCUGGAUGAACAAGCAGUGCCUUUCCUCGCGCAUGAUACAGAGUUGGAGAAAGGUCUCGUUGAAGAAAACUGCCUUGCAAAGAAAUACCUAUAUGUCAAUAUUUCCUUACUCAUCCUCUCCGUCAUUUUCUUUCUUGGCUCGGUCAUUGUCCAGUCUCGCAGGUUCGGAGACAAAGAAUGUGCAACACACUUGUCCGCCUACUCACCGGUCAUGGAAGCUGUUGAGUACGAAUGGGUGACCUUUGAGAACGAAUUUUCCACUGCACCAACAAAGUACCGUGGGAAACCAACGGCAGACCUGGAACAAGCUUGGACGGAGCUCUGGAAGUAUGGAGCCUUUCCUGUCGGUGUUCAACACCUCGGCGAUUUGAAUCAAUCAAGUGAGGUUGACUGGCGUCGCGUCACUCCAGGCGAUCCCAGAAGUCCAACUGUUGGAUUGCUGGAGGGCUUCCAUCAAAUUCAUUGCUUGAAUCUCAUUCGACAGUACACUUACCGUGAGGAGUGGGACUACAGCAGCGAGGCUUCAUGGCACGGUGGCCCUGAAAUGGUUCGAUGGCAUGUGGAUCAUUGCAUUGAAACUCUCCGGAUGAAUCUGAUGUGUACCGCGGAUGUGACACCCUAUCUCAUAUGGAAUGAUCCUGCUGGGUUCAAUGGCGAGAGUCCGAGUUUCAACACUCUGCACAAGUGCCGUAAGUGGGAGCCGAUUGUUGAAUGGGUAAAACAGAAUGUCAUUUUCAACGGUACGGCAAAGGAAGGGGAACACGGCAACGGCGAAGAGCAUCACAUCGGGCAGCAUGAUGUACACGAACAUGGCCACACAGCCUAA